CAAACAAUUUGAAAAGUGAGUGACGUAGGUGUAUAAUUUUCUUCAUUGACUUUUCAAGUUGUUUUAAUUAAUUUUGCUGAAAUCAAUACAUAAACAAUGAAUGAUUUUGUGUGAAACUAGUGUUAAAAGGUAUUUUUAAAUAAUGGAUGCCAUGAACGAUGAUUACGAUGACAUUGAGAUUCCUAUUUGGCAAGAACCUCGAAGAGAGCCUUUGGGGGCUCCUAAAGAAACUCUUUGUGAUGAAAGCCUCCAAGAAACCAUACCUGGAGAUCGUUUACAUGCUUUAGAAGAAGAACAGGAAAUUUUGUCGUCUUCUGUAUUCUCAUUAACCUCUCAUUUGGCUCAAGUGGAGUUUCGUUUACGGCAGAUACUAAAAGCUCCCCCGGAAGAAAAAGAUGACAUGCUUAAAGCCCUCGAAGAAUUUACGUCACGAGGAGUCCCGGAUACACGAGCUGCGCCACAAGGAAGCUCUGGAGAGCCCACUUGUAAUGAAUGUGCUGAGCUGGAGAAGAAAAUGCGACGACAACAUACACGGCAAUCUCAUUUUAUAGAAAGAUUAAAGAGUCAACUAAAAGAGCUUGAGCGAUUUGCUGUCGACCCCAGUUUAACAGGUGACACUAAACACAGAACACUCAUAGAACAUUUAAGAAAUGAAAUUGAUCAAAAUGUGGAAGAAGGAUGUCAUCAGCCCUUGAGUGCAGAUGAGUUAAGACAUCAAAUAAAUUGUGCAGUUCGUCAAUAUGCAGAUAGACAACUAUCAAGGGAUGAAAUCAUAAGUAAACUUCAAACACAUAUAGAAGACAUGCAAAAAUUCAUUAAAGUCAUGAAAAAUGAGGAUCUACAAACAAAUACAAAGUCCAGUAAGACUGAAGAAAAGUUGAAAUCAGAAAAGUUUGACAAAACCUUUAGUAAAAACAAAAACAAUGAUGACCUAAGAGCUGAAACUAUUAACUUGAUGAGAAAGGCUUCUACUCUUAUACAAAUAUUCACAGUUUCACAAUUCGGAUGCUCACCAAAUACAAAUAAAAGGUAUGAUCUCAAAUCAACUAAUGUUACACACUGGGGUAAUCUCCGAGCAAAGCUAGAAAUGUCUAUUGAUGCAGUCGUUCAUUUGGUAUCUCGUGAUAGGCCACUACAUACUAUGGUUGAUAGUUACGAUAGUGAAUCUGAAGAAGGAGGGGUGAUCAUUAAUGAUGCACCACUUACAACCGCAGUACGGAAACAUCUGGCAGUCAAUUUACGAGAUUUAUUGCAGCAUGGUUUAGUUGGCCCAGAGUCAUCUUCUCUUGUUCCUAUUAUUGGUUGUUUCCCUGUUCGUAGAUCAUCAUCAUCCCGUCCAACACACAUUUGGGAAUUAAUUUUACGUUACUAUGAUAUGAAUGAUGGUGAUAGGUUCAACUCUACACCGGCCAGAAAACUAAGUCAAAGUUUCAACUUGGACAUAGUUGGUGGCACUGCUAUAACAAAUAGACAGAGUUUGUUAAGUGUGAUAGGUAGUAUUAUAGCAUCACAUAUGCCAUAUAAAAGAAGCUAUGAUGCUCAUUUUAAGGCUUUUGUUUGUGCUGCACUAAACGCUCACAAACUUGUCAUUUGGCUGAAUAUAAUGUUGAAGAGUAGAUCUUUAAUAGAUACAUAUUAUUCUUCAACCAGUUAUAUUGUGAACACAGGUUUUCAAGACGCCUUACAAAGUUUAGACCGUUUAACCCCUUACAAUUUUGACUUGCCAGUUGACCUCGCUGUGAAACAGUUUCAGAAUAUCAAAGAUGUAUUUAUGUAGUUUAAGAAUACACUUAUAUACUUAAGCAAUUAUCAUAAUAUGCCUUCCACACUAUGCUGUUGCAUUUGUUUAUUAUUGAUAUUUAGUUACACUUCUAGUCCAUUAUUUAUGCAUUAAAUUACUAAAAUGUAUUAGUUUUUUUUUUAUUAUUUUUAAGUCAAUUAGAUCAUAUUAUGAAUUAAACAAUUGCUUAAUUUAUUCUAGUCAAUAUUAAAACAUUCCAAGGAAUCGUAAAUAUGAUAGCUAAUUAAAAGAAACUGAUUUAUAAAGCACCAAAGAUUUUAUUUAAGAAAAUAAUGCAUAUAUGUAAUGUAAUUUUAUUUAAGGCUAUAAUUAUUGCAAAUUAUACUGUAGUUGAAAGCAAGUACCUUUGACUUUUAUUUAAAUUUACUUCCUAUUUUCUUUCUAUAUCUUA